AUGGCCGCGAGUCAUUCCACUGGUGCAUUGUCUGCCUGUGUCGUUAAUCUCCCUCCCGAUCUCCGAGAACCUGAUAGCGACAAGCUUCAGCGGUUCAUUAAGCCUCUUGUAGAUGAUUUGCUCUGGCUGUACAACGAGGGUACGAUAGUUCGGACCCCGUCCUGCCCUACAGGAAGACACGUCCGUGUUGUGAUACUAGCUGUGGUCUGCCACCACCCAGCUAUGGUCAAACUGUCCGGAUUCGCAGACCACAGUCAUAGGAUGCUACCGUGCACACAAUGUCUCAUUGGCCGUGUGCAGAUCGGUACAGAAGGAUGGCGCCCGCAUGAGCUUCGAUGCGGGCAGUUGCACAAAGAGCUGGCAGACCGCUACCAAAACCUGGAAAGCAAACAUCGCCCGACGUUCGUCAAAAACUUUGCAACGCGGUGGUCUGAACUCGAUCGACUUCCUUACUUUAAUCCAGUCACCAUGAGCGUCGUGGAUCCGAUGCAUAGCUGCUUGCUCGGUGUUACAAGAACUCUCUGGUACUCCGUAUGGGUGAAGGGAGGAAAAAAGAAGUUCGAGAUGCCACGGUGGUUUGCACGAUUGCCAAGCCAGAUCGGUGAGCCCACUGGAGCAAGUCUAACAUCCGACGAGUGGAAAGCGUUAGCCAUCUUGUAUGGUCCCACAGCGUUACCUCAUGUCCUUCUAUCAGCGGCUCGCGAAGACAGCCAGCGAGUACCAAGUAAGGCAGCAGACAACUUCUUGAAGCUUGGCACUGUUCUCAAGAUAUGGAUGCAUCGAGAAGUUGCUGAGGAAGACUCAACGCGUUCACGAAACCUCUAUUCUGAAUUCUUCGAAGAGUUCGCAGAGAUCUACGGCCACGAAAAUGUCACUCCGACAUUCCAUUGGCUGUCACACAUGACUGAUCAGAUAUCACGAUCGGCCCAGUCCACACGUUCUGGACUUUUUUGUUCGAAAGAUUGA